AUUAAUGGAUUGGGUGGACUGUUGAGUAUGUGUACGUCUUAUACUGUUACCGGCCAGUCGUAUUUUAGUGACUGAUACAUUUUGGUCGUGGGCAUUCAAGAUAAAUGAUAAAAAACCGUUUCGUUCGUUUACCAUUAGAAUUAUUAAUACUCGACUGGUUUACAAUAUAACAGUGGUGUGUUUUAUUUUUUUUCGAGAUACAAGUGCACACAAUACGUGUGAUUUUUAGACUAAAAUGAUUCUUACGCGAACGCCGAGUCCUUUGCACCCCCGUAGACUGAAUACGGUUUUUACACUGUUGCUAGUCGUUGUUUCACUGGUACGUGGUUUCCCGUUAAACGGACAACAACUCGAUUCUGCAGUGGAAGGCGUACAAAAAUAUUUGGAAUCAUCUGGUUUUCCAAAAAUGACUCGUGGUGAAGUCCUAGAUUUUUUGAACGAUUUUUCAAAAAACUCUCGAGUAAGUCGUUCAGAUAAUAAUGCAUUAAACGUGAAGAAAGAUAUUAACUACGUUACACCACAACCCGAUUCUGAAUAUUCAAAAACGCCAAUGCCACAAAUGAAUAACGGUGUCACGGACAGUAAAACUUCUGUACCAAAAAUCCCUAAUGGUGAAUCACCACUUAACUAUGGAUAUCCAAUGAGCGUAAACAAGCAAACAGACCCGUCACCGCCGUCGUCCACACCAACUAUAUUUGUAACAGCGCCAGACAGCAAUUUAACAAAUGAUAAAAGAACUGAGAUUAUGUUGCAAGCAAUGCAAGGAAGGAAUGCACAAAAAAAAAAUAUCGGCCCUUCUGUCGAUUUAAAUGCGUAUACUAAGUUCAAGAAAAUCCCCGAAGCCAGAAAUAUGAAAAUCGACGAUGAUAUGAAAGAUUUUCUAAACAAUUUCGGACUAUUAGAUAAUCCGAAAUCGGGUAAAUCGAUUAAUACAAAUUCUAACGAAUCACAGAGGAGAAACGACGAUGUCACAGCUACAGAAACCGUGGAUGAAAAAUUAUUGAAAUCAAUUCUAGCUGAAACCGGCAAUAGUGAAGUAAACAUAUCGCAAUUUCAACCGCUGCUCGAAAGUGCAUCAAACCGGGGGGACCAUGUGUUCAAUCCGUCCGACUCCAACGUCAAAACUGUAGAUAUUAACCGGAUAGCAAAAAUAGUGGCAAAUAUACGACUGCUGGCCGACGAUAACAAUACUAUUUCAUUGUCACAGGAUGCCAUUCAAAAGAAAUUAGAAAACAUAACGGAAGCCAUAUCUGCUAUUGAUCAGCCUACCGAUAACAACGGCUUUAACGGAUAUGAAGUGUUCUUCGACGAUAACUCCAAAGAGGUCGAUUCUGAUCUGCUAGAUUCGCCUGUUGUUCCAGAGACUCAGACCUUGAAUAAAGCACCGAAUCCACCUGAUCCUCUGUCCACCGAUGAACUUCAAAUGCUGUUGGAAAAGAACAAAAAUGACGUGAAACGUCAACAGCCAACGAGCGAUGAGCCCACAGUGAAUAUCACAACUUCUACCGAAGAAUCAAUGUCUGUCGCAACGUCCUCCGAAGCCGUGGUGACAUCUGCAUCCGUCGAUUCAUCUUCGGAAGCAACUUCGGUAGAAGUAACAUCUGCAGGCGCUAAUGCGGCAAGAGAUUCUUCUACGGUAGCUGAUACAAAUCCAAGUCUAUCUCAAUUGGCCGAAUCGUUUGGUGGAGGCGAGACUGCCAGUAAUCCACCCGUAAUCGAUGAAAUAAUUACACCUGGACCCGACCGACCUAAGAAUGGUUUGUACUUCUAUGUGGACUGGAACUCGUUUUUGACAGUCAACGGAGGCCAAAAAAAUCAAGUUAACCUGAGGUUUGCGCCGAAAGCCGGGAACCCAAAUCAUUUUAUCAGAGUCACCGUACCAUAAUCAAUAUUCUAGACGUUAUUAAAUUAUUAAUCUAAAUAAUACUUACUAUGUUGGCUCUUUUAGAGAUGCCGUUUACUAAAUAUGUUGUACAGUUGUACUAUUUAUUAUAAUAUCAUUGUAAAUAUAGUUUUAAAAAUAAAAAACAUGUUUUUUACCUUA